AUGAUUUACAUAUUUGUCUAUUUGUUUCAUCUUUCCAGUGGAGCUGUGUCUUCAAACUGCUCCCCACAGGAUGACUUUGGUCUGCCAGUAUUCUUAACAACUGAAGAUUUUACAAUAGGGGGAAUUUUUCCUUUGCAUUAUAGAGUUGAGCUUCCAUCAACAGACUACAUAACAAAACCUUUGAAAGCUCAAUGUCAAGGGUUUGAUCCAAGGGCCUUUCGUUGGGCUCUCACUAUGAAGCUUGCAGUGGAACAGAUAAACAACAGAAACGACCUUCUGCCAAAUCAUACGUUGUCUUACCGGAUAUUUGACUCCUGCUCCACUCCUGUGACAGCUCAGAAGGCAGUCCUGGCAGCACUGAAUAGCCAGGACGUUAUGCAAAGUUCAAUGUGUACUGGCUCUGGUCCUUUAUUAGGAUUAGUAGGAGAAUCCGGAUCCUCACAAUCCAUUGUACUCUCUAGAACUCUUCAGCCUUUCCGAAUACCAAUGAUAAGCUACUUCUCAACUUGCUCUUGCCUAAGUGAUCGCAAGCAAUUUCCAACAUUUUUCCGAGUGGUUCCCAAUGAUGAUUACCAGGUCAAAGCAAUCACACAACUUUUAAAGAAGUUUGGCUGGACGUGGAUUGGUGUGGUCACUGAAGAUCAUGACUAUGGCAGGUUUGCUUUGCAGGGCUUAAAGCGAGAAAUUGAAAACACUGACAUUUGUUUGGCCUAUCAUGAAAUGAUCCCUAAAGACUACACUCGGGAAAAAGCUCUUAAGAUUUUAAAUGUGAUGAGGGAAUCAACAGCUAAGGUGGUAGUUGUCUUUUCAGUAGAGGGUGAAUUUUACCCAUUCUUGAGAGAGUUUAUGAUUCAGAAUAUCACAGGAAUUCAAUGGAUUGCAAGUGAGGCCUGGGUUACAGCUUCAAUCUUAGCAAAGACAUACCCAUUUUUAGAGGGCACAAUUGGGUUUGCAAUUCGUCAAGGACACAUUCCAGGUCUGGAGGAUUAUCUGAAAAUAGUAAAUCCAGAAAGAUAUCCGUCUAACCCUCAGGUCCAGGAACUGUGGGAAUCUUUGUAUGGCUGUUCCCCCUCUUCCUCCUCCUCAUUGAACAGUCAUCUGCCCCGCUGUACAGGGAAAGAGACUUUCAGAGAAGAGUACUCAGCCUAUAUGAACACUUCUAGCCCUCGUGUGAGCUACAAUGUGUAUAAAGCCGUGUAUGCAUUUGCUCAUUCUCUUCAUAAUCUCAUUCACUGUGAACCUGGAAACGGACCGUUUAAGAAUUUCUCAUGUGCAGACUUUAACAAUGUGCAUCCAUGGCAGCUUCAGCAUUACCUUCAGGAAGUUUCCUUCUCAGUUUCUGGACAAAAUGUUAACUUUGAUAAUAAAGGAAAUUCAAUCCCAUAUUAUGAUUUAAUAAACUGGCAAAGACAUACAAAUGGAGAUAUGCAGUUUGUUAAAGUGGGCCUUUAUGAUGGUGCUCAGCACCCCGGGAGAGAACUGUUCAUUCAGGAGCAGGAUAUCAUGUGGCCAAACCAAUACAAUAAGGUUCCUGUCUCUGUGUGCACUGAUAGAUGUACCCCAGGAUUUAGGAAAGCUGUCCGUCGUGGGCAGCCUCUGUGUUGCUUUGACUGUGUUCCAUGUGAGAGUGGCAAGAUCAGUAAUCAGACAGAUUCAGUAGAUUGUCUGUCCUGCCCUGAAGAUUAUUGGUCCAAUGCGAAUGGCACAAUGUGUAUUCCAAAGGUUGUUGAGUUUCUAUCCCAUGAUGCAAUGGGAAUGACACUAACUGUCAUGGCUAUUGUGGGAGCCUUUCUGACUAUCACAGUUCUGGUGAUAUUUCUGUACAACAAAGGAACUCCUAUAGUCCGUGUGAAUAAUUCAGAGCUCAGUUUCUUCAUCCUGUUAUCCUUGACUCUAUGUUUUUUGUGUGCUUUGGUGUUUAUUGGAGAACCCACAUCUUGGUCCUGUAUGCUGAGACACACUGCAUUCAGCAUCACUUUCUCACUCUGUAUCUCCUGCAUACUGGGAAAGACUUUAGUGGUGCUGGCAGCUUUCACAGCUACCCGACCUGGAAACAAUAUAAUGAAAUGGUUGGGUCCCACACAACAGAGAAUCAUCAUCUUCAGCUGUACUUUAGUUCAAGUGCUGAUAUGUACGGCCUGGCUUGUAGCGUCACCGCCGUUCCCUUAUAGAAACACUAAAUAUCAACAGUCCAAGAUCAUUCUGGAUUGCAGUGUGGGAUCUGAUCUGGCCUUCUGGUGUGUUCUGGGAUAUAUCGGACUCUUGGCCUGCGUUUGCUUUUUUCUAGCUUUUUUAGCUAGGAAAUUACCAGGCAAUUUUAAUGAGGCCAAGUACAUCACUUUCAGCAUGCUUAUAUUUUGUGCAGUGUGGUUGGCCUUUGUACCUGCAUAUGUCAGCCAGCCUGGUAAAUUUACAACUGCUGUGGAGAUUUUUGCAAUUUUAGGUUCUAGUUUUGGUCUACUACUUUGCUUAUUCGCUCCAAAGUGUUACAUUAUUUUACUAAAGCCUGAGAAGAACACCAAGCAGCAUCUUUUAGGAAAAGUUACUAAAUAA